AUGUUUCUUUUACAGCGACUGAAACCUUCAUCAAACCUUGGAUUGAUCGGAAAGUCCUACGAGGGAAAGGCUAUCUUUCAUGAGGGAAAUCCACGUCAUUUUGAAGGUCGUCAUUCUAAGGAAAUUGCCAAGACUGUAACAAAACAACGUGUUGUAUCUCAAAAUGACCUUGAACUUACAACUUGGAGAUGUUGGAAAGCAAAUGUCCUUUGGCAUAUUAUGGAAAUGCUUAAACCGAUCGAAAAUAUGAUCCUUAAAUAUGUUAAAAGCAAGGGUUUGCUUGGACGUAUAACGCGUUUGUGGUUAAAAGCCGAACAAGAACGUCAACAUAAUUAUCUCAAAAGUGGUUCAUUGCGAUUCACACUUCCACUGUUCAUUGAGGCUUAUAGUCAUAAAGGAAGCCUUAUCCAAAGUCAACGUGAAAAAUUGGGAUUAACCAAACAAGUAUUUGACGUUGAACCUCUCGAAAAAAUUACUUAUACGUAUCUCGAUGUUACGAGGGAACAAAGAAAAAUUUAUAUGCCACAUGGAUGA